AUGGCUGUGUAUCGAGUGACGGACGCGACUUCCGCUUUAGCUUUGAAACCACGUGACGUGUAUGAAAGGGCAAUCAAAGUGUUCCAGCAGCUUCUUUACCUCAAUCCUUUUUACAGUAGAAGUAAUGAAGUUCACCUUCGAUUAGCUUUAACUUUUAAAACUUUACAAAACUAUCAGAAAUCAUACAAGCAUUUUCAGCUCGUUUUGGCUGACUCCAGCCCCUGUUCCCUAAGCAGAGCAGCGGUAUGUUUUCAUAUUGCACACUUGUUUGAAGUUGAGGGCAAGUACCAACAAGCCAAAGAGGCAUAUGAACAGCUUAUUGAUGAAAAAGAACUGCCUUCGAUUGUCAGAGCUGAAGCAUCUAAGCAGCUAGGCUGGAUGUAUCAUACCAUUGAUGCUCUUGGUGACAAACAGCAAAGACAAAACAGUUGCAUUCAUUAUCUAGAGAAAUCUAUUGAAGCAGACCCAACGAAUGGACAGUCUUUAUAUUUCUUAGGUCGCACAUUUGCAAGUAUUGGAAAAGUUCAUGAUGCAUUUGUUUCAUAUCGAAACUCUGUGGAUAGGGUGGAGGCCAAUGCAGACGUUUGGUGCUCCAUAGGGGUCCUUUAUCAGCAACAAAGUCAGCCAAUGGAUGCUUUGCAAGCAUACAUAUGCAGUGUGCAACUUGAAAAGAAGCAUACUGAAGCUUGGACAAAUUUAGGACUUCUCUAUGAAAGCUGUGGAGAAUCACAAGACGCUCUUAAGUGCUAUUUAAAUGGCAGUAAUGGAAAAGGUCCUACAAAUCCUAAUCUUUCGGCUAGGAUAAAAGUUUUGCAAAAUCAGUUGACUACAUCCUCAUCAAGUAAUAUACAAAAGCCUAAGCAGUUGCCCUGCAUUGAGGAUGCUUGGAAUUUUCCCAUUUCACAGGAAAUGGCUUCAAGGCAAAAUGCAAGUUCACAAGGACAAACAGGUCAGCAAGCUCAGCUACGGCCAGGAUCUCUUCUUUCUCCUCAAGAUCAGCCAGCGGCUAAAAGGAUGAAACUGAGUCAAGCUGUUGGGCCUAUUUCUGAUCAAGGAACAAGUCCCGAGGCAAAUGUAAGACCACCAUUUUACUUAAACCAGCAGCAGCUUCAACUUUUAAGCUACCUUCAACAAAAUCAGGCUAAUUUAUCUCCUCAACAAAGAGUACUCUUUCAGCAGUUGCAGCAGGAGUAUGAGCAUAUGCAACAACAUCAGCAAGAACAGAAAUUAUUAAUGCAAAAUCAGUUAUCUGCUGCACAAACUGCUGUGUCCUUAUGUACUGCAAGUGCUCAAGCUUUAAGUACAGUUACUAUCACAACUUCAGUUUCAAGUAGUAGUAACACUGUAUAUAAAAUGUCUCCUGAUUCCACUGCCAUACUUGGCUUGAGGCCUUCAUCUUCUGCAACAUCAGAAACAAAAGUUAUUAAUGGCUGUAUUACCACAGCCACAAAGUCAAAUCCUGCCAGUAUUCAGGUUUCAAGUACUUCUCAACCUACUGUAGUAUUACGAGAUUUAAGCACAGCAAUUAGUGAAAAAGAUCUUAAGAUUUUGCUAUCUCAGAAGGACAUUGCUUCAUCACUUACUGAGGAUCUUAUGGUGCAAUUUUCUAGAGAAUCUCAGUCUAGAGCUUCAAAAUUUGGACUCUGCUCUAAAGACUCAACAAAAGAUGAAGUUUCUCAUGAUGCCUUAAAACUCUCAUCCGCCUUUCAGUCAUCAUUAGAAAAAAAAUCUUCAAUUUCUCAUGACUUUAAAAUUGAGCAAAGUAAAGAAAAAGCUGAACUAAGUGAAUCAAAAAGUUAUUUAUCAAAAGAGAAAAUAGAGUCUUCAAGUGUAUUUUCUCUUCCUUCAUCGUUAUCAAUAAGUAUGAGCUCUUCUCAGCUGUUAGCUACUUGUAAAGGAAUUGGUAAAAAUGGCGUGUCUAAUACGAGUAUUAUGUGUGAGCUGUGUCCUGCACCUUCACCCCCAGAGGCGCCUUAUCCACCUGUACAUAAAGAUAAAUUGUUACCACUUGCACCUAGUGUCUUUCUUGAAAAUAAGAAGGAUGCUUUCUCCCCUCAACUACAAGAAUUCUGCCUAGCCCACCCAAUAGCUGUGAUACGGGGCUUAACAAGUGUUUUAAAAUUAGAUUUAGGAUUAUUUUCAACAAAAUCACUUAUUGAAGCCAAUCCAGAUCACUCUAUAGAAGUGAGAACGCAGCUCAUGCAGUCUUCUGAUGAGAAUUGGGAUCCAGAAAGGAGGAAACAAGUUUGGCGUUGCGAAAGUCAUCGAUCACAUACUUCAAUUGCACGUUAUGCACAGUAUCAAGCAUCAUUCUUUCAAGAAUCUUUAAGAGAAGAGCAAGAAAAAGCUCAAUCUGCAGCCCAUACUACUCGUGAGUCUGAUAGUGACUCAAACUCAUCUCUCUCACGGAGUAAAAAAGGAAGGAAAAAUGGUGUUUUUAAAACCAUUAAAUUUGGAACCAAUGUGGACUUGUCAGAUGAAAGAAAAUGGCGAGCACAGCUGCAGGAGCUUACAAAAUUACCUACUUUUUUUAGGGUGGUUUCUGCUGGAAAUAUGCUCAGUCAUGUUGGUCACGUAAUUCUUGGCAUGAACACUACUCAAUUGUACAUGAAAGUCCCUGGUUCGCGUACCCCAGGUCAUCAAGAGAAUAACAACUUUUGCUCAGUAAAUAUUAAUAUUGGCCCAGGAGAUUGCGAAUGGUUUGGUGUUCCAGAGCCAUACUGGGGUAUCAUGAAUAAAUUGUGCGAAAGAAAUGGCUCUAACUUUCUGCAUGGAUCUUGGUGGCCAAUUCUAGACGACUUGUUUGCAGAAAGUGUACCUGUAUAUCGGUUUUUACAAAGGCCGGGUGAUCUCGUUUGGGUGAAUGCUGGCACUGUGCAUUGGGUUCAAGCUGUAGGAUUUUGCAAUAAUGUUGCCUGGAAUGUGGGACCAUUGAAUGCAAAACAGUACCAAUUAGCUGUUGAGAGAUAUGAAUGGAACAAACUUGAAAAUUAUAAAUCAAUUGUUCCUAUGGCCCAUUUGACAUGGAAUCUUGCAAGAAAUCUGAAGCUUUCAGACCGGAAGCUGUUUGAACAAAUUAAAUACUGCUUAUUACGAACACUCAGACAAUGCCAAAUGACAUUAGAAUUUUUAAAAGAGCUAAAGAAAGAAGUCAAAUGGCAUGGAAGAGGGAAAAAUGAAGCUGCACAUUACUGCGUGGGGUGUGAGGUUGAAGUGUUUAACAUACUGUUUGUAAAGGAAGUUGAUAAAAAACAUUUGGUUCACUGUUUAGGAUGUGCUCGAAAAAGCAGUCCUAUUUUAGAAGACUUUGUUAUGCUUGAAGAGUACACAAUGGAAGACCUAAUGGAAGUUUACGAUAAUUUCAUUCUUCACCCUGAGCCCCAUUCAAGUACUUCUAUGUAAGGUGCCAUUCCAUUUUUGAAACUGUUAUCAAGUACUAACAGCUACGCAAGCUGCCAUUUUUAAAAAAAGUAUAGCUGCCACUUCACAAUCAUAUUCAUUGUUGCAUUUCAUGAAAUUUGUCGAACUCAUUUUACC